GGUCGAUUCUUCCUCAGAGAGAACUGCCAAUGUUCCAAAUGUAUUCAUCCGGAUACGAAGCAGAGAACAGCCGACACAUUCGCGAUACCGCAAGAUGUCAAGGUAGAAUCAGUCAAGCGAGAACAGCAUCUCGAGGUUUCAUGGUCUGAUGGUCACCUUGGACACUAUCCAUAUAGUUGGCUACAUGCCCACGCACAGUGGGAAUUUGGGAUCCAGCUUGAUGCAGUUCCAGAGAAGCCGGAACCCCCGCUUGAUGCACCAGGCCCCCGGGCCUUUCGUGAAAUUAUGACAUCCGACAUGAGCCCUAGAGUAUCGUAUGAUGCCGUCAUGUCAGAUGAUCAUUGGGUCUCCAACUGGUUGCAACUAAUUUACAAUCGAGGUUUCUGUUUUGUAGAUGGUGUCCCCGUCACCCCAGAGGCGACUCAGGCUCUUAUUGAACGCAUUUCUUUCAUCAGACAUACCCACUAUGGUGGAUUCUGGGAUUUCACAGCAGACUUGACUUUCAAAGAUACUGCAUACACCAACGAAUCCUUGGGUGCUCACACCGACAACACUUACUUCACAGAUCCCGCCAGACUUCAGCUAUUCCACCUACUCUCCCACACAGACGGUUCAGGAGGCGAGAAUACGCUAGUAGAUGGAUUCGCAGCUGCCGCUCAACUGCGCGCAGAAAACCCUGCCCACUACGACCAAUUGGUCAAACACAGACACCCGUGGCACGCAAGCGGCAAUGAAGACUCCUGUAUCCAGCCAUCCGCCCAAGCACCAGUCUUCGCCAUACACCCAGAUUUCGGCAAAAUGUACCAGAUCCGCUGGAAUAACUAUGACCGCGCGCCCAAAACCAAUUGGACUGCACAGGAACAGGAGUCGUGGUAUAGCGCCGCGCGGCAUUACAAUAAAAUCUUGCAGAGCAAGGAAAUCAAGCAGACGCUUCAGCCGGGGUCGGCUUUGAUCUUCGAUAACUGGAGAAUGUUGCAUGGCCGCACGGAAUUCACUGGGAAGAGGCGGAUGUGUGGUGGCUACGUCAACAAUGAUGAUUUUGUCUCUCGGCUUCGUAUACUCAAAUGGGGUCGCAAGAGAGUACUGAAGAAUCUUGGCAACAUGCGACUGAACUCUGAUAGCCCAUAUUCCAUCAUCUGA